AUGAUCGUGGCCCCUCCGCCGCGAUCCUCCUCACUCACAGCCCUCGUCGUCUCCUCGACCCUCCUCCAGAUCGCAUCCAGCCAUGCGCUGCCCCGAGAAACAAAGACAAUCGCCGUGCGCGAGCUCAAUGUGGUGCCGUGGCCCAUCGCCCCAACGCCAGCGCCGCGCUCGCCCUCGUUCAGAUCAAUGCCGGACCAGCUGCUGCAACGAGACUUCAACACCAUCUGCGGAUUUAUAGGGGGCGAUCCCAACUUCCCAGCCACGUGCCUGGCCGGCUCGCACUGCGCCGUCGACGUCGACAACAAGGCCAUCGGCUGCUGUCCGGACGGCGGCCCUUGCACGGGGGGCAUCUUCACAGGCUGUGUCGAUGUCAACAGCCCGCCGCAGACGGAGCUCAACCCUUACGUCUUCACUUGCUCCGGCGCCGAUGUGUGCUACCAGAACCAGUUCGACGGCGGCUUCUUCCAGUUUGGAUGCGGCGCGUCCUCGCGUCUGGCGACAACGGUGGCCACCACGGCGAUUAGUCGUCUGCCUCUGGACUUUGACCACGUCACUGUCCAGCUGACGGAGACGCCCACGAUUCUUUCCACGCCGACGACGAUUGGAUCGCGGACCGGAACCAAGUCCUCUUCCAAGACCACCGGCACAAGCAGUCGCGCAACCAAGACCAAGGGCACAUCCGACAACUCAGAGACAGACACGGCUACUUCAACCGACUCAACCGCAACCGGAACCUCAACUUCCACCUCAACCUCAGCCCCUGACCCCUCGGCGCCGACUUCCAGCGGCAGCUCAAAGGCCGGACCCAUAGCCGGAGGCGUGAUCGGUGGUCUCGCCGGUCUUGUUCUCAUCGCUGGCCUGAUAUUCUGGUUCCUCCGCAAAAAGAAGACGGCCACGCCCUCUCAAUACAUCGCAUGCCAAGAGACUAACCAUGACAAACGAAACAGGCCAUCAACUGAAAAAUACGACAACUUCGACCCCCGCGGGGUACCCCCAAGCACCGCUCUCCUGACGGAAGAAAGGGGCAUCCACGCGGAGGAGGCCGAACUCACUCCAAUUGCCCCAAGACCCAGCGAGCCCGCCCCGCAGCUCGGCGAGGUUGGCCUGGCGGUGCCUCUCGAUCCCGGAUACGGCAGGGCGUCGGACGAGAUUCCCCUGACGCAGCCCGCUCCAAAGCCAAGCUUUGUCCCGCCACCGCUGGAGCCCGAAGACGAUGGCCGCCCGUACAACCCGCGGAGAAGAGGUGAUGGCGAUGGCGCCUCUUUCUGGUCCCAGACCAGAUCCUCGUCUCGGUCUCGAGGCCAGCAGCCGUGGGUUUAA